AUGUCCGAGGAAAAAGAGAAAAUACUUUGGGGAGGGCGCUUCGAAAAGUCGCCUGACGAGUUGCUCUGGAAAUAUAAUGCGUCAAUUAAUCUCUGCAAAAAAUUGUGGAAAGAGGACUUGGAAGGUAGCAAAGUAUUUGCGGCAGGCCUCGAGAAGUUAAAAAUCAUCUCAAACGAAGAGCUUGUUGCGAUUCAUGCUGGACUCGAUAAAAUUUCAUCAGAAUGGGCGGCGGAAGAAUUCCUUCUGAAAAAAGGCGACGAGGAUAUCCACACUGCUAAUGAACGACGUCUCGGCGAAAUUAUUGGAACAGGAAUCGCGGGGAAGCUGCACACCGGGAGGAGUAGAAACGAGCAGAGCAUCUGUGAGCUUGAGCACCGGCUAAGGAAGCUCAUCAAAGCUAUCCUCCAACUUGCAGAAGAAAAUCUGGAUGUGAUGAUGCCAUCGUUCACACAUUUUCAGCCCGCUCAAGUCACUACUUUCGGACAUUGGCUCGUCAAUCAUGCUGAAGGUCUUCGCUCCGUUUUGCGUAGAUUCAAUUUGAUAGAGAGCCAUCAAUGGUGUCCAUUAGGGGCCGGCGCUAUUGCUGGUAAUGCGUUCGGCAUUGACCGUGAAUUUUUGUCCAAAGAACUGAAGUUCCCGCUCGGCCCGACAUUGAAUUCAAUCCACACUUCUGGCUCAAGGGAAGCUAUCGUCGACUUCCUAUUUUGCAUCAGCAGCGGUUUUACCGUCUUGUCACGAUUUUGCGAGGAUCUGAUUAUUUUUUGCUCUCCGAAUUUUAACUUCGUCAAGAUCGGACAAGAGUUUUGCACCGGAUCGAGUCUGAUGCCGCAAAAGCAGAAUCCCGACGCGCUAGAGCUCAUAAGAGGCAAGGCCGGCACUUCGAUUGGAAGGCUUACGGGAAUGCUUUCUACGAUCAAAAAUUUGCCGAGUGGAUACAACAAGGAUCUCCAAGAAGACAAAUCGGCGAUGUUUUCCUCUUUCGAGGAAUUCAACGAUGCUCUCCAGCUGUCCUUAGCUGAGUUUCCUAAUCUUCUUCAAACAGCAAUAAUCCUAAGACUUCAAAAUGAAAACUCCAAAAAGGGCUCGUAA